CUGCUGUCGGCGAAGUGAGCACCGAGCCAUGCCGUGGAUUUGUGGGGAGACGGAGUGCAAGAAGCAGCCCUACUACGGGGAGCCCGGGCAGAAGAAGCCCAAGUAUUGCUUCCUCCACAAGAAGCCCGGCCAAAUCGACGUCCGCAACAAGAGGUGUGAAGUGCCCAACUGCGAGAUUCGGCCUCACUACGGGUACGACGGAGAGGCGCCUCGGUUUUGCGCGCAGCACCGUGCGGAGGGCAUGCACAACCUACGCAGUCGCCGUUGCCAGAGCGAGGGCUGCGUGAGGUACGCCUCCUGCGGGCAUGCUGGAAACCCGCCCGUGUUCUGCGGCGCGCACAAGACCAUCGGCAUGGUCAACCUAAUCGGACGCCGCUGCGCUGUUGAUUCGUGCGAGACGUACGCGAGCUACGGCGUCACCGGAGAGAAGGCGAGAUACUGCGCAAAGCACAAGGGCAACAACAUGGUCAACCUCACCGUGAAGCACUGCGAGUUCUCCGGCUGCGUAACCCAGCCCAGCUUCAACUACGCGGGCCAGAGGAAGGCCAGGUUCUGCGCGAGGCAUCGCCUGGAGCACAUGGUGGACGUGCUCGACCGUCACUGUGCCCAGCACGGGUGCGAUCGCCAGCCCAUCUACGGCCAGGCCGGGGAGAAGGAGGGCCGCCCGAUGUGGUGCCCCGACCACCGCCCGCCGGGGAGCUUCGACGUCAAGACCUCCCGCUGCCAGGAGCCCUCCUGCCUCAAGCACCCCAGGCACGACACUCGCUCGACAAAAGCACAUCGGCAGAUAGUUUCGGCGAGAGUGCAAUGGGACCGCAUCCGCAGGCGUUGCCGGCUCCACAAGCUCGACGACAUGGUGGACGUCAAAAGCCCUCGCUGCGAGAUGGCCGGCUGCCGGAAGCAACCCUGCUGCGGCUUCCCGGGACUUAAGCCGCGCUUCUGCUCGGAGCAUAAGCAAGACGGCAUGCUCAACCUCAAGGUACCGUACAGACGUUGCUUAAAUACCACCACCCCGCCCUCCCCGGUGUUUGCCAUCGGGGUUGGAUUUUCGUCGCUCGCUUGGCAACGACGGUGUAAAACAAGCCCCCCCCUCGGUGUUUGCCAUCGGGGGAUUGGGUUUUCGUCGCCUGCCAACGACGUUGUAAAACAAGCCAAUUCACUUCGUGAACUCGGCAAUCAGACUCGCGCCUUUAGGUGCAAGUACAGGGGAGUCGCGGGACUCGGCAUUGCGGACGACCCGAUGAUGCCUCUUCCCGCGGGCAAGACCCAGCCGUGCAACCGGGCGUGCCGUUACGCCUACCCUGGGGAGGAGGCGGUGUACUGCCAGAAGCACAAGCUUAACGGGAUGGUGGACGUCAUCAACCCCUCCUGCAAGGCGCACAUGGCUGUGGGGAUGAAGCCAAUCGCGGCGCAAAAGCCGACGGGGUUACAUUGGAACGCCGAACUGCGGCGGCAGGCAACCGCCAACGCCCGCGAGCGCAACAAGAUGGAGGCGGAGAUGGAGGCUGGCUCUGCUCGGUGCACCCCGCUCCCGCCCAAGGCGGGGACCCCCGAGGAGAAGAGGAUGCGGCAGGAGUCGGCAGCGGCCGCAGCGAUCGAGGCGGCGGCAGCAAGCUCUCGCGGCCCCGAAGCCGCGGCGGCCAAUAUGGCGCUCAACUCCCGGGAGAUGCUGUCCGCCAGUACGUACCCCAUCGUUCCCCCCUUCACCACCAACGAGGAAAUGGCGGCCCCCCCCGGGAUGUCCAUCACCUCCGCCGAGCUCGCGCUGGCCUUCUCCGGUCUCCCGGAGGACGACAUGCACUCCGCCGCCGCCGCCGCGCACGCGGCGCACGCCGCGGCCGCCGCAGCCGCCGCAGCCGCCGCAGUCGGCGCCCCGGGCUUCUCGCCCCCGCUCCCCGCCCUGCCUGGCAUCGGAACGGAGCACCUCGGGCGAGCCGCUGCGCUGCCUGCGGCGGCUGCGCCGGCAGCCGGAACCCCGGACUCCGGCCCGGCGAAGAAGAGGCGCCGCGGAUCGGACGGCAGCGCCACCCCUACCUCCGGCCCCGGCGUGGACGCGUACGAAGCUUCGUCGGUAGCGGCUGCGAUGGCGGCGGCGGCAUCGGCGGCGGCUGCUGCGGCUCCGGCCUCGACCGUGCAGUUCGCGGACCAGGCCGCCUACCACGCGGCGCUGAGCUCCGAGAUGAUGGCGGGCUUGAUGCCCUCGAUGAUGCAACCGAUCGGUGAGCUGCCGCCUCCACCGCCGCAGCCAGCGGCGGCACCUCAAGACGAUGGGGCGGCGGCGCAGCCGCCGCCGCCGCUGUCUUCGGCUGACGCUCUGGUGCACGGGUUCGUGCCGGUGCCCAUGGUGUCGACGGCGCCGGCGCCGAUGGACACCUCCGGGCCGCCACCGCCGAUGAUGUCCGCGGGACCCCCCCCUGCCGCUUCUGCUUCUCCCCCCGCGGGUGCGGAGGCCAUGCUUUCUUCGCCCGAGGCCUUCGUGAUGGCGGGCGCGGUCGUGCCGGCGAUCGGGAGCAAGUGCGCUGUCGCGGAUUGCGCGGCACCGGCUACUUUCGGGCACCCUGGACCAGGCCACGUCCCGACGCAUUGCUUGACCCAUUGCGAGGAGGGCAUGCACAGGCUAGCGGCCGACGCGGACAGAGUUGCUCCCCUCCCGCUGGUUGCGCCGCCCGAAAACGGCACAAGCAGCGUCCCCGCCGCUGGGCCAGUAGAGGCAGCAGCAGCAGCAGCAGCAGCAGCAGCGGAGGCGGAGGCGGCGGUGGCGGUGGCGGCAGCAGCGGCAGAGGCUGCAGAGGCUGCAGAGGCUGCAGAGGCUGCGGCGGCGGCUGCGACGGCUCCCGUGGCGUCGCUUGAGGCUGCUGCCACCGCCGAGCCCCCACCUGUUCCGAUGAAGGUGGAAGAGACGGGGAAGGUCAAGAAGAACAAGAAGAAGGCGCCAGCCGCCGGCGAGGGCAUCAUGCUCUUGGCAGGCGCGGUCGCCAGCCACACCGACCACAAUGACGACGAUGACGACGACGACGACGAAGAGGAAGAGGAAGCGGAGGAGGAACAGGCUCCACCCGAUGCCGCCGCCUCCACUGCCGCCGCAGCUGCAGCCGCAGCCGCAACCGCGACAGCAGCACCACAACCAACAGCACCAGAACCAGCAGCGGCUCCCGCCCCCCCGGCGGUGCCCGCCUCGUGAGGGUCUCCCCUGACAGCCUUGUGUGCGGUAUGGUACACGAGUCGUUCCGGGGAUGUGCGGGAUUGGCGCAAAGAGUGCUGCUCUUCGAGGGCGGACUGGCCGACCGAGGUAUCGACGUUUUGUGUCGGUACGGUGGCGGCGGCGGCG